AUGGCGCCAAUACGACGAUAUUUGCGAAUCAGCAAGUACUCUGUCCUUGAGUGCCGGAUAUUCCUGGAGAAUCCAGCUGACGAGCCGCGCUGGCUCUUGAACGAGAGCAACCCUGCGCUCCCGAGAAUCUUCGAAGCAGUGAAACCCUACGUGCUACCAAAGCUGAGGGAGGAAACUGAACGGGCAAAGAGCAAGGGCAAGAAGAAGAAGAGUAUCAAAGAUGUGAUGCCUCCAGAUGAUUUCGAAGUUUCCAUCUUCCUCACUGAGAUCAACACCCGCCAUUCCCUGAUCAUUAAGAAUAAGACCUUCAGAGAAAAGGCUCCCAUAAAGAGCAACAACGGUAACAAGAUGACCGGCGCAGUCACAAUUCGAGACGAGGAUGAGGACGAAGGCGUCGACUUGGGAACUAUACCUGCGGUGGGAGACCCAGACAGCAAUGACGGCGCGCCGGUCGCAGGGAGCGGUCUUGAUUUGGACGAGCAGGACGACAAGAAAACGCUCGGGUUCGACACCACAUAUGAGGGUUUUAGUAUCUGGGGUCGAGUAUUGUGCCUCUUCGUUGAACGCAAAGGCCCCGCUAGCAAGAAACAGUCAGGACUCCAAGGCAAUUCGCAGGCACUCAUGCAAGAUUGGAUUCAAUCAACGCAGGAGCAAAACGACGGUGACUUGUGA